UGCCCUCGAACGCACCAACGGCAUCCUGUGCUGUCCAGUGCACGGAAUAAAGUUGAGCAAAGUGAAACAGUAGCGGUACGCCACACACGCACGCGCACGCCCCCCAAACCCCUAGAGCGGCCGCCAUAGGAUCGAGCAAGAGAAGCAGAAAUGGAUCAGCACAAUGAGCAGCAUCAGGAGGAAGACAACCUCCUCAGAGAGCCGACGGAUCAGCACGAGGAGGAGAGCUCUGCAGAACCGGCAGGUCAGCGCUCCGUGGAGCCGACGGACCAGCCCAAGGCGGAGGCGGCGGCGGCGGAGGAGGAGAGGAGCUCCGACGAAGAGUCCAUGGCGGGCUCGUCGCUGUUCGUGCACCCGUGCUCGCUGCUGCAGUACCUGGCCCGGGCCUUCGCCAGCUGCCUGGGGAUGCAGGAUUCGUUCGGCGGCAUGACGAAGCGGAGCGCUGCAGCUUCUCCUGCAUCUGUCGAUUCGUCCCGGGAAGGCGAGGCGGACAGGGACAGGAGCGCCGGCGCCACUGGAUUCUACAUGCAGGAGGUGAUCACUCGCGUGUGGGCGGUGAGGAGGCCGCGGCCGCCGGGCAACGCGAGGGAAGGGAACGGCGGAAAUGGAGGUCACCACCACUAGCUCAGCUUGCAUGCGUCGUCUCAAUCUUGGCGCAGAGUGAGAGUAGGUUGCCUAUCUGAGUAUUACUUGCCUACACUCCUACGGUACUCUUCUUAAAGCAGUUUGUAUGUAAAGAUGUUAACGUAGACUUCGCUGAUCGUAUCUUCAAAUAAGAACCGUGCCUUGUAUAGGCUUGCACUGUA